AUGUGGCAGAUCUCAGUGUGGUUUCUUCUGGACUUCAUCCAAGAGAGGCAGCUGCUGCAGGAUGUAAACGAGAAGGUGAAGCCGUUACCUGUGGAGGGCGACCCUCAGUGUCCGGAGGCGCUCACUUUUUCUGAUUCGUCUUUCGGCCAUCCGCCUCCCUUCCAUCGCUAUAGCAACAGCCCCCUCUCCAGCCCCUGUGACCCCUACGGCUCCGCCUCCUCCAGCGGGCCCCUGGGAGCCUCCCACACACACACACAGGGUAGCUCUCCCAUCUCUCCCCCCAGCCCGGCGAGCCUUGCCUGGGCUCAACGCAGCCGACACCAGCCGGCCAGCCUGGCGCUCCGCAAGCAAGAGGAGGAGGAGAGCAAACGCUGCAAGGCGCUAUCCGACAGCUAUGAGCUCUCUACGGACCUCCAGGACAAGAAGGUGGAGAUGCUGGAGAGGAAGUACGGGGGACAGUUUGUGUCCCGGCGUGCGGCGAGAACGAUCCAGACGGCGUUCCGUCAGUACCGCAUGAACAAGAACUUUGAGAGGCUUCGUAGCUCCGCCUCCGAGAGCAGAAUGACACGACGCAUCAUCCUGUCCAACAUGAGGAUGCAGUACUCGUUUGAUGAGCGGCAGCCUCAGGGUCAGGGGUCAUCGGGUCAGCGGGGGCCGGACGACGCAGGAGACCUGGACGACUCCUUCUCCAAGCAGGUAAAGUCUUUGGCCGACUCCAUCGACGACUCCCUCACCUGCCAGUCUGGCCUCGGUGGAGGGAGAGGAGGCGCGGGAGGAGGCGCCGCCAUGCACGAGGACAGCACCGCCACCUCCUUCAGCGACGUCACGCUCUACAUGGACGACGGCUGCCUCCCCUCCUCGCCACUCUCACGCCCGCCGUCCUCGCCGCUCUCCCGCCCGGCCUCCAGCUCCGACACGGAGUCAGAGCGCGGCUCCAUCGGACGCCUGGUGUACGAACAGGAGCCGUCGGGAGUCGAGCGAGGGGGAGGAGAAAGGGAGAGGGGAGGAGGAGAGGAAGGAACGAGUGGAGAGGACGAGCAACAAGAAGGCGAAGGAGGAGGAGGUGGAGGAGGAAGCAGCGACGCCGACUCUCCACAGGGAACCAUCAAACACAAGCCCAACGGCCGCUCGGUCGCCACGGCGCAGGGACAGACCAGAAGCCCCGCCAACGUCCCCCUCCCGAUGCCUUCAGCCCGGGCCCUACCGCCCCACCCGCUCCCCCACCCGCUCCAACACCCCCACCCCCACCCUCACCAACACCCCCACCCGUCGCCCAUCCCCCACUUGCCCACCAUCCUCCACCACCACCCGCAGUACAGCCAGCCGCACGUCAUGCACAUGCACCACGUGCACGGUGUCGGCGGUGUCGGCGGUGUCGGCGGUGUCGGCGGUGUCGGCGGUGUCGGCGGUGUCGGCGGCAUCCCUUACAUGCAGCACCCUCACCACUUCGCCCAGCACCACUACCACCACCUGCACCACCACCACCUCCCCCACGGCUACCCAGAACCCCCUCGUCCCCUCUACCCUCCCCCGUCCCUCCUCUCUCCCCUCUCCCGCCGCCGCUCACGCCCUCCCCGCUACCUGCUCUGCUCGGACGGAGACAACGAGAGCGUCAACUCCACCACCACCAACUCCAACGACGACACCACGGUCAACAACUGCAGCUCUGGCUCCUCGUCACGCGACAGCCUGCGGGAGCCAAUCGGAGGAGGCCCUCUGGGUAAACAGACCUAUCAGAGGGAGAGCCGGCACAGCUGGGACUCUCCCGCCUUCAACAACGACGUGGUGCAGCGGCGGCAGUACCGCAUCGGACUCAACCUGUUCAACAAGAAACCGGAGAAGGGGAUCCAGUACCUGAUCGAGAGGGGCUUCGUGUCGGACACACCGGUCGGCAUCGCCAGGUUCAUCCUGGAGAGGAAAGGACUGAGCCGGCAGAUGAUCGGGGAGUUCCUGGGCAGCCGGCAGCAGUUCAACAAGGACGUCCUCGACUGUGUUCUGGAUGAGAUGGACUUCUCGGGGAUGGAUCUGGACGACGCUCUGAGGAAGUUCCAGGCUCAGAUCAAAGUUCAGGGUGAAGCUCAGCGGGUGGAGCGACUGGUGGAGGCCUUCAGUCAGCGGUACUGUGUUUGUAACCCGGUGCUGAUCCGGCAGUUCCAGAACCCGGACACCAUCUUCAUCCUGGCCUUCGCCAUCAUCCUCCUCAACACGGACAUGUACAGCCCCAACGUGAAGCCGGAGAGGAAGAUGAAGAUGGAGGACUUCAUCAAGAACCUGAGGGGUGUUGAUAAUGGUCAGGACAUCCCCAGAGACCUGCUGGUUUCCAUCUACGGGAGGAUCCAGAAGUGGGAGCUGAGGACCAACGACGACCACGUGUCUCAGGUUCAGGCGGUGGAGAGGAUGGUGGUCGGCAAGAAGCCCGUGCUGUCGCUGCCUCACCGCAGGUUGGUGUGUUGCUGUCAGCUGUUCGAGGUUCCGGAUCCGAACAGAGCUCAGAGGAGCGGAGUCCACCAGAGAGAAGUCUUCCUGUUCAACGACCUGCUGAUGGUGACGAAGAUCUUCCAGAAGAAGAAGACUUCGGUGACGUACAAUUUCAGACAAUCAUUUCCUCUGGUGGACAUGCAGGUCCACACCUUCCAGAACACCUACUACCCUCACGGCAUCAGGCUGACGUCGGCGAACCCCGGAGGAGAGAGGAAGGUUCUGAUCGUCUUCACGGCUCCGAGCCAGCAGGACCGAGCUCGCUUCACCUCCGACCUCCGGGAGAGCAUCGCCGAGGUUCAGGACAUGGAGAAGUACCGGGUGGAGUCCGAGCUCGAGAAGCAGAAAGGUGUGAUGCGUCCAGGUGUGUUGUCAGGGGGAGGACCCGGAGGCGGGGGGACGCCGGGGGGCGGAGCCAACGUCGGCGCCGCAAAGGGCGAGGUGGUGAACGGCACUCUGGGUAGGCCGAGCCUCGACGACACCUACGCCUCAGUGGACGGACUCAAACGCACGGCGCUCAGCUCCUCACUGAGAGACCUCUCAGAAACAGGGAAGCGAGGUCGUAGGAACAGUGUUGGGUCAUUGGACAGUACCAUUGAAGGUUCCAUUAUUAGCAGCCCUCGUCCUCACCAGCAGCGCCCCCUGCUGGCCGGAGGUCUUUCCUACAGCCCCAUGAUGGUCCCUUCGUCUCCAGCAGCCUACCGGCCACACCGCCCAACUCAGAGCCCCGGUACAGGGGUGGGGGGUGGGCCGGGGCUCUGUCACAACCAGGGGGGAUCACCACCUCCCCACUCGUGA